ACGAUGAGAAUGAUCGAGAGUGUGGACUCCGUGGUGACCAGGUCCAGCGAGGACCUCUGGGCUGAGAUCUGCUCCUGCCUGCCACAUCCUGAGCAGAAGGACACCAGCAAUGCUUUCACAGACUCCUUCAUGGAUUCCUACUCUGAGGGAGGAAGCCAGGGCAGCACAUCUGAUGGCUCUUCCCAAACCAGCCUGAAGCCCUGGGCACCCCUGAAUGACUCAGAGGUGUAUUUAGCAUCCCUGGAGAGAAGACUGAUGAGGAUCAAAGGCUUGUCCCAGGAGGUGACCUCCAAGGAGAUGCUGCACACUCUCUCCCAGGCCAAGAAGGAAUGCUGGGACAGAUUCCUGCAGGAGAAGUUUGAUGCUGAAUGUUACGUAGAAGGCCACGACACUGAUGAGAGCACCCUGGAGCACCUGAAGCGUUGGCUGCAGCCUGACAAAGUGGCCAUCAGCACUGAGGAGGUGCAGUUCCUCAUCCCGCCAGAAUCGCAGCCGGAGAAGCAGGAGGCCGAGGAAGAGCCUCCAACUGCAGAGCAGUGA